AUGUUGUCAAAUCCUGGUAAAACUGUAAGUAUUUACACCAUUCCUGCUAUUGUAUCACAAAUUAUGUCAUCGGCUUUUACUCAGGCUAACAUUGUCAGUGGCUUCAAAAAUGCAGGUAUUUAUCCCCUUAAUUCUGAUAUAUUUGGAGAUGACGAUUUCUUGUGCUCUGCUGUUACUGACAGAGAAGAAAAUUCCACACCUCAGUUACCAGAAUUAUCAAGUAUUUCACCAAUAACAACUUCUUUAAAUAACGCGAUUACAAUUUCAUCGCCGGUUUUUACAGUAUCAAUCCCUGCACAAGCGUUUCCAUCAACAUCACGUGAAUCACUAAUCCCAUAA